AUGAAGGGCAUAUUUUCUGCCCUGCCUUUUUUUUUUUUUUUUUUUUACUGUGGCCUUGAAAUUUAUACAAUAAAUAAAUAUGUAGGUAUUUUUGUUGGGAUUUUUCUCAUAUUUAGGUUCAUGGUUUUAGAAAAGGGUGUUCCGUUUAAAAUUACACUCCAUCCCUCUGUAUUUGAGCAGAAAUCAGUGUUGGGUAUCCCUCUUUCAUUUACAGCUACUGUAGUCGACAAGGAGUUGCAGCAUCGUUUGGAAUUUUGUGUGCCCUCUGGUCCAGGGGUUGCAGCAUUAGAAAUUACUAAUGUGGAAUUUCUUUUUGAAGCAAAAAAAUUAAGGGGUGGUGCGCGUAAAUCUUCCCGAUCUCCCUCCUUAAAUGGUGGUUCCCAGAGCUACUUAUUUAUGCAAAUGCUUGACAGUCAGGGCCGUUCCAGUAGUCAUCCAUUUGCUGUUGUUUGCUGCGAUGCGGCAAUGGGAAGAGGGAUCCAUUCACGCGUGAGACUGCCCCUACAGAGCAAUCAACGCGUUCGCUUCUACUUGGUGGAACGAAAGAACAAGGAAGAUGAAAAGAUGGAGAUUAAAGAAAGGGUUGUAGGUGUGCGUUUUACGGGUAUUUUACAGCUCUUAUCGGGCGGAGUUCAUGUUAGGUCGGCUAAAACUCGGAAACAGAUUCAAGCAUUGAUGGAAGGCAGUUUGAAUUUUGAAGCAGAUAGUUGUGAUGAAAAAGUGUCAACUUUAAAGCGAGAUCGGGACUCUUCUUAUCAUCAUCGAGACGAUGAAGAAUUUGCAAAAGGAAGUUUGCGAAGUGACAAGGCAAGGUUAAUACCAACAGAAUCCAUAAGAAAUGAUUUAGAUGAGGAACCGCCAAAUCUUAUUUAUGCUUUUGUUUCUGGUGGAGAUGAUGAGAGCUGA